GAUCUAAGAUUACGCCAAAUAUAUGUACAAGACGAGAUUUAUAUCUCGGUCCCUACUUUCUUUACUCCUUACUUUACUUACUUCAUUUAUUUGUUCACAAUGACCGAAGUAAUAGACGAGACAGUUCCCGAUGUCCCAUUAGCAUUUGUUUCAAAUUCAUAUUUGGACGAACUUACAAGUGGUAUACGUUCACGUCCAAUUCCCUGGGAUGGUUAUAAAACUGCUGACCUUAUUACCAAGGACGAACUCGAUCUUUUAAAAAAAGUUGAUAAACAAAGUCCCGAACAAUUAAGAAUAGUUUUGCAAAGGGAAGAAGAAAAAUAUACAGAAUUAUACGCAAAUCUCUUGGAGAAAUUGAACCGAGUUGAUACGGUACAAUAUAUCCUGGUUUUGGUUAAUGAUAUGUUAUCAGAUAAUGAACAACGUGUCACAUUUUUCCAUAAACUUUCUGAAAAAGAUGUUGAACUUCCUUACCGUAUUUUUUUAAACUUGUUUAAAGUUGAAGAUGAAUUCGUUCCUCUAAUGUCCUCUAAAAUUCUUACUUUAUUGAUCGUCUCUGCACCAAAAGCUCUUCCUUUUGAUCUUGACGAAUUUUUCCGCUGGAUCACUUUGAAGCUCAAGAGUAAUAAUACUAAUGUUUAUGACCUUGCUGUUCAGAUAUUAGCUUCAACUUUGAGAAUUCCAAGUUAUCGUACAAAAUUGUGGGAAGUUUCGCAAGCUGUAGAUACAUUGGUUAAUCUUCUUAAAGUUAGAAAUCCUACACCUCAAAUGCAGUAUCAAAUAAUUUUUUGUUUCUGGCUAUUAACCUUUGAAAGAGAAGUGUCGUUGGAAUUUAACAAAAAAUAUGAUUUGAUUCCUACGCUGAUCAAUAUUGCCAAAGCUGCCAUUAAAGAAAAGAUAAUUCGCGUGAUUAUUGGAACCUUCAGAAAUUUGGUUGAAAAAGCUCCAGAAGCUAACUUGCCUGCAAUGUUAGUUGCAAGAUUAUUAAACUUUUGUGAGAAUUUAUCGAGUCGAAAAUGGACUGACAAGGAAAUCGUCGAAGAUAUUGAUUUUUUGAAAGAGCGACUUCAAGAAAACUUUCAUAGUUUGACGACUUUUGAUGAGUAUGCAUCAGAAAUUACUUCUGGUAUGCUUCAAUGGUCGCCACCUCAUGAGUCUGAUCAAUUUUGGAGACAAAAUGUAGCAAAGUUAAAUGAGAAAGAUCAUGAAUUAGUAAGGAUUUUAGCAAGAUUGCUUAGUCAGUCAAGUGAUAAUGCAGUCCUUUCAAUUGCUGCACACGAUUUAGGACAAUAUGUAAAAUAUUAUCCUAGCGGGAAGAAGUUUUUACAAGAAAUUGGUGCUAAACAGAGAAUAAUGGAACUUAUGACACAUGAAGAUCCGGAAGUUCGUUAUAGAGCAUUGAUAGCUGUUCAAAAAUAUAUGACACAUGCAUGGGUGUAAAAUAAAUAAAAUAAAUUUCUUUAUUUAUUCUUUAUAAUAUUUUCUUUGAUUUUAAGGAUUACAUUAGAUCAAUUAGAUCAAUUGCAUUUCAUCAUGAAAAAAACGUUGUCAGAAGCUUUAGCAAUUAAUUGAGUAAUUAAUUUAACGGCAUUAUAUAUAAACACAUUUAAUAAAUUAUUUUAUUAUUUAUUUAAUGUAAUUCUU